AGGCAAUACGCCGUUAUAAAAAGAGAUUUUCUAGGAAUGGAUAAAGAUAGGAAAAAAGUGCCGAUUAUAAAAAUUGAAGGACCGAAUGACGAUGCAGAACAAGCGUUAUCGGAGAAACAGAAUCCGAGUGGACAAGUGUCCGGAGAGUCUGAUCGAGAAUCAUAUUUAGAUUCGUUGGGUCAAUAUGAAUGUCUUACGCAAUGCGAUACAUCAACGCAAUAUUUGAGUAGGAAUUCAUGGGAUAUAUCGGGGGCGACGUCAUGUAUAGCACAUAAAACAUUAGAAUCGUACCCGUUUCGUGAGAUGGCAUUACGUACGUUAGCUAUGAGAGGGUCAGGUCGAAAAAAAGGGCCAUUUGCGUUUACGGCGGAGCAACUUGAGGUUUUAGUGGAUCCUAGGAAUGUAGAAAUUCUUCGUAUUAUUGGUGGAAUCGAGGGGUUAUGUCUUGGGUUACAUACGGAUCCUCAUUCCGGAUUGAAUCUUGAUGAAAAAUAUGUUGCUAAAGAAGUGACGUUGAGGGAUUUAAUGAGUACGGAAGAUUAUAUAAUAUAUGAAAAAAUGUGUCAAGAUUAUAAGGCGGAAUGUCGAAAUCUAGAAGCAACGGAUAACGCUAAAAGGAAGUAUAUGUUGUUUUGGAAGAAAAAGAGAAGAAGGCAAACCUUUUCCUCAACAUCAACCUCCUCCUCCUCCUCCUCCUCCUCACCCUAUUCGAAUCCAUUAUAUAUGGAACCAAAAUUUUCCCGAAAAUCGAAUCCUAUAAAAUCAUGUUUUAAAAGGGUUUUUCAUUGUAUUAAUCUAACGUAUAAUCUUGUUUUACGGAUGUUCUAUUUCAUUCCAAAAUUAAUGCUUAAGAUUAAGCUUAUACGAAUUUUAAAAGAAGUAUUUAUCGGAAAAUCGGAAUCUUAUAAGGAAUUUUUAAGUCAUUAUGGUGAAUCGUUUAAAACACGUAUUUCAGUAUUUGGCAUUAAUCGUACGCCUAAACGUCAUAUAAAGGGUAUAAUCCCUUUGAUAUUAAAUGUUUUUAAGGAUUCCAUACUUAUAUUAUUACUUUGUUCUACGAUCAUCUCUUUUGGUAUCGAUAUAUACUUUGGUUUGGUUCAUCCUACGAAUGAUGAAUCCCAUGAUUCCAAUGUGGAUGGAAUUGCUAUGUUAGUAGCGAUCGCUGUCAUUUCAGUGGUUAGUGCGAUUAAUGAUUAUCAAAAAGAAGUAAAAUUUGAACAAUUAAAUGCCAAGAAAGAAAAUCAUGAUGUUAGAGUGAUUCGAUCUGGAAGGCCAGUUUUCAUUUCUGUUCAUGAUCUUCAAGUGGGCGAUAUAUUACUUUUUGAAUUGGGUGAUCUCGUUCCAGCCGAUGGAAUUUUAAUCGAUAGUUAUAAUUUAUGCUGUGAUGAAUCAAGUACUACCGGUGAAUCCGAUAUGAUUGAAAAAGUCACAUGUUCCGUUUGUUUAACGAAUACAUCGCCUGACAUGAUAUUCGAUGACAAGUACGAUCCUUUCAUGAUAAGUGGGAGUAAAAUAAUCGAAGGAACGGGGAAGUAUAUUGUCACAUCUGUAGGUUCACAUUCGUAUUACGAAAAAAUCAUGGCAUCUCUUCAAACAGAAUUGGAUAGUACUCCAUUACAAAUAAAAUUAUCCAAGUUUGCUCUUGGAAUCGCAAAAUUUGGAAUAUGUGCAAGUAUUUCCUUGUUUAUCAUUCUUUUUUGUCGCUUUUUGGUGUAUUUAUUGGAUCAUAAAAGCACGAUUUACGAGAAGAUGACCAAUUUUAUGAAAAUCUUAAUCGUUUCCAUAACCAUUCUUGUGGUAGCCCUUCCGGAAGGUCUCCCUCUUGCUAUUACACUGGCUUUGGCAUUUGCUACUAAGAAAAUGUCUAAGGAAAACAAUUUGGUUCGUCAUUUAAGAUCCUGUGAAACGAUGGGCAAUGUUACAACGAUUUGUUCGGAUAAAACGGGUACUUUGACGCAAAACAAAAUGACAUUGGUCGUUGGAACGAUAGGUCUUUCUACGGAAUUUCGAAUCGACUCCGACUUGGAAAUCGAAGAAUCCACUGACAUGACCACUUUGAAAUCUUCUUCCCUUUUUGAAUCAUUAAACCCUUCGGUAACGCUGCUCAUUCUUCAAAGUAUCGUAGUUAGUUCAACCGCAUUUCUAGCCACGGAUAAACAGGGCAAAGCUUCUUUCCUAGGAUCUAAAACGGAUUGUGCUUUGUUAGAAUUUGCUCAAAAGUAUCUUAACAUGGAUAAUCCCGAUAUCGAAAGGGCAAAGGUAGACGUGUUGCAAUUUAUACCAUUUAGUUCAUCGAGAAAAUAUAUGGCAUCUAUCAUUUCUUUACCUAAUGGCGGCGCUAGAUUGUAUGUUAAAGGUGCUAGUGAAACAUUGUUAGAGUAUUCUUCAUACGUACUUCAUGAUCCUUUAUCCAAGGAAUCAGAUACUCCUUCUGUCUUACCAUUAACACAAGAAGGAAAAGAUUUGAUAUAUAAAACGAUUGUUAAAUACUCAACGCAUGCUUUAAGAACGAUCGCACUUGUUUAUAAAGAUUUUGACGUUUGGCCUGAUCAUAAUUUACAAGAUUUAAUAGUCGGUUCUGAGAUUAAUUUUAACAGUAUAUUUUCUCAAAUGAUUUUUGUCUCAGUACUGGGUAUUAUGGAUUUAUUACGAGAUGGCGUUAAAGAUGCCAUUGAAACUUGCAAAAAAGCAGGAAUCACUGUUAGAAUGGUAACAGGUGAUAAUAAAUUUACCGCUAGCGCUAUUGCUAGACUUUGUGGUAUUUAUACGCCUGGAGGUAUUCUUAUGGAAGGUGUCGAUUUUAGAAUUUUAAGCUCUGAAGAUAUGGAUUUGAUUGUUCCUAGGCUUCAGGUUUUAGCUAGAUCUAGCCCUGAAGAUAAAAAAAUCCUCGUUACUAAACUUAAAGAGCUAGGUGAAGUGGUAGCCGUAACCGGUGAUGGUACAAAUGAUGGACCUGCUUUAAAAAAAGCGGAUGUCGGGUUUUCCAUGGGGAUUUCUGGCACUGAUGUGGCCAAAGAAGCUUCUGAUAUUAUUUUGAUGGAUGAUAAUUUUUCUUCUAUUGUUAAAGCAUGUGCAUGGGGUCGAACCAUAAAUCUUGCUAUUAAAAGGUUUUUACAGUUUCAAAUAACGGUUAACAUUACUGCGAUAUUUAUUGUUUUCGUAACAGCCAUAACCGAUUCUAAAAUGAAAUCUAUUUUUGCCCCAGUACAACUUCUAUGGGUUAAUUUAAUCAUGGAUACAUUCGCUGCAUUAGCUUUAGCAACAGAUCCUCCGAGUUCCACUGUUUUAAAUCGUAAGCCUGAGCCUAAAUCAUCUCUUAUCACUUUUGGAAUGUGGAAAAUGAUUAUUUCGCAAUCUAUUUAUCAAUUUGUUGUUAUAUUAUCAUUAUAUUUUUGGGGAGAUACCAUAUUUAGAUAUAAUAAUGAACGUGCUUAUAUGUUUGAUACUUUGCCUACUUUGAUAUUUAAUGUUUUUGUUUUUAUGCAGAUUUUUAAUGAAUUAAAUUGUUGGAGAUUAGGUAAUGAUGCAAAUAUUCUUGAAGGGCUUAAAUCCAAUCCUUGGUAUAUUUUUAUUAAUUUUAUUAUGAUAUCAGGGCAAAUCAUUAUUGUUUCUUAUGGUGGUAAAGCAUUUCAAGUUAGUCCUCUUAAUUUAGAGCAAUGGGGAAUUUCAAUAUUUUUGGGUGCAUUAUCGGUACUCGUUUUUAUCCUAGUCAAGUAUAUUCCUGAUGAGUUUUUGAUGAAAAUAAUUCCUAUUUCCUUUAAACAAUCACUCUUAGAUUCAGAUAAUCCAUUUUCUAACAGACAAACACAAUGGAAUCUUACAUCUUUACAUGUUAAAGAUGAAUUGGUAUUUCUUAAAGCUCUUAAAAAUAGGUAUGCCGUUGAUUAUUCCUGGAGGACUGAAAAAAUGAAUAAAUUUUACGAAAAAUUAACUCAAGCUGUUCAUGUUGAAGGAAAGGAUAUAGAAAAAGCCAAGGAUCUUUUAUCCAAGAAAAAACAUCAAUUUUUUGUGGCACCUACUCUUAGAGCUGCUACUUUAGCGCCUGCAAUAAUGGCAGGUUCCAUUGGAGGCUGCGUAUCUAGUAAUUUGUCACAGCAAAGUACUGUCUUUGAUGAUUCUUUACGUGAUCGUGGUAUUGAAUUAUAUUCAUUUACAAAUUCUGAUAAAACAACUAAACCUUCCGAUUAA